AUGGCGGAAACAGAUGCGGUGGAGAUUAAGGUUAAGACCACGUUCUCAGCCGCGGAGAAUUGGGUUGACUCAUGUAAAGCGAAAAGGGCGCAGAAUCAGUUGCAGAAGAAAAUGAACCAAAAGGCUCGUCAGAAGUUGGAGGAAGAGAGAGGGAAACUCUUGACAGAACAGAAGGCGGCUGAGGAGAAGCUGGAGAAGAUCCAAAACAACCUGCAUGACAUUGAGCUAUUGUUCCAGAAGGUAGAUCAACAGGAGCGAGAUAUCUUGCUGGUGGAGGAGCAGAUAGCGCGAGAAGAAAACGAGAUAGCGGAGCGGGAGAAAAAUCUGAAGAUCCGUUUAAAUGACAUUGUCGAAAUUACAGCCACACCACCUGACAGUUGCACCACAAUUGCUGCAGAGUCCCCAAUGUCAAAUAUCUUAUACCGAGCUAAAUCUGCCAACCAUGAAAUACCAAAGACGGCGCCGCCUGGAGGUUCACACCAUCUCGAAUCCGUCUCCAGUCCUAUCGCGCAAACACCGUCUUUGAGGACAUAA